AGGUACCUAGCCAUCCGCUACCCACUGAAAUCCAGAGACCUCCGAACCUCUAGGAAUGCCCUUGCAGCUAUUGCGGUUAUAUGGACCCUUUCUAUCCUAUUUGCUGGCCCUUACUUGAGCUACUACCAUAUAAUUCUCUAUAAUCAAGUACCUAUCUGUAUUCCUAACUGGGAGGAUCGUAAGAGGAAGAUAAUGGAUGUUUCUACUUUUGUUUUUGGCUACCUGCUCCCUGUGCUUAUUCUUGGUCUCUCCUAUGCUAGAACCAUCUGCUUUCUGUGGACUUCAGUGGACCCUGUAAAGACGGUGUCUGAAUCCAGAAAAGCCAAGCACAAAGUAACCAAAAUGAUUAUCAUAGUGGCUGUGCUGUUCUGUAUUUGCUGGCUGCCCCAUCACUUAGUCAUUCUUUGCUUCUGGUUUGGACAUUUUCCCUUCAAUAGAGCCACAUAUGCUUUCCGCCUGGUAUCUCAUUGCAUGUCCUAUGCUAAUUCUUGCCUCAAUCCAAUUGUGUAUGCUCUUAUCUCUAAGCACUUCCGUAAGAGAUUUAAACAAGUUUUUACAUGUAUACUGACUCAGAAACGUGCACGCAACAAGGUUCAUGCGGUGCAAACUGCCAAUACUGUAGCUGGUUUCUAUGCUGGACACACAGAGGUAACCCAGGUUCAAGAGGAGACAGCUCGUGGUGGAAGAGUAGCAAGAGAUGAAGUUAUUGAGGGUCUUAGUUCAGAAGAGUCAACAAACCACAGGGUAGUUGGUGGAAGCUGGGGAACACGGCUGCCCAAGGCUGUUGGCUUUACAGCACAAACUACAUAG